AUGUUGGGCAUUAGUUUGAGGAUCAUGGAUGGGUGUGAAGGAACUCAAGUUUUCGCCAUUAAUCCUUCGGGAACCACCACCAUCACCAACAAUGGCGGCAAUGAUGGUGGUGUGGGGGUUUGGUGGGCUUGGGUGGCUGGGGUGGUGGUUGGGUUACAUGGAGGUGGUGGCUGGUUGGGGUUUGGUGGGCUUGGGUAG